AUGGCAAAUCUUAGUUACGUGUUGUUGCUAUGGAGUUUCCCUGCGCUGGGAGCUUGUGCGAGGACCAGCAGUGAAGCCAUAGCAGUGGACUUGGCACCCGCCCUGGAUUCAGGGGGAGAGUGCCGAACAACCAGAUCGUGCGCAGAGCUGGCAGUGGCCGCAGCAGAGAACGAAGGCAAUCGGAGCCAGCUGCAGCAGCAGUAUGCCAGAAGCAGGAGAAAUUCGAGAUGGAAUACGCUGGCUGACAAAGCGGCAAAGCUUUGUCCGGAACAUCCGGAUGUCUUGAUCGGGUUGAUCAAGAGCAAUGUUUCAGAAGCAUGGGGUUUUCCAAUCGCUCGUGAAGCUAUGGCAAAUGGUUGUGAACAGUGCUUGAAGCAGAUUCUGCCACGAAUGAACCUCAGCGAGGCUGAGGCCGCUUGCGACAGGUGCUACGAUCUGCAGGCCGGUUGGCGGGUGGGGAGCUGCAAGUGCGGCUUCACGCUGGCUCACUACGCAGCGCUUCAGGAUCCGAAGUUCUUAACUUUGCUGCAGCAGGCAGGUGCCAACCUGAGCAGCACCGAUGCGGAAGGCCUCGGAGUGACGCCUGCGCAUUUGGCGGUCAUCCGCAUGAAGAAUCAUGCUGGGAUGGAGUCCUUGAUGAAGCUCAGUGAGCUCGGCGCCCGUCUGGAUGUGCAGGACAAAGACGGCAAUACGCCUGCACAUGUCGCAUGCCAAGAGCUUGAGGAGUCUGAAGAUAACAACAUCACCGCAGUGCUUUCUAUAAUUCGCAGUUCAGGUGGCAACUUGUCCUUGGCGGAUAAAUACGGACGCACUCCAGCACACGCAUGUGCGGCUGGGAAGAACAACAGAGGAAGCCCAAAGGCAAUCGAAUUCUUGUAUGAAGUGGAUCCUCGGUCGUUCGAGAUCAGAGACCACUCAAACCGAACCGUGCAGGAUAUUGCAGAAGCAGCUGGGUCCGUUGUGGAAGUAUUCUUUGCAAAGCUGAGGGCAAACCAGUUGCAGCUUCAAGCAAGCAAGCUGGCCUUCGAAGCCAUCAAAAUGGCGCAUGUUUGCAACAAACUGGAUGAACAGGUCCAAGCAAUGUUUGACUGUGCAGAUCAAGUGAUCCACAUUCCAAAAGGCUAUGCCAUCACAAGCCAGAGGGCCAUCUGUCCUGAGGAUGCCGAAGAGUGUGCAGUGAAGUGCCCCAAUCCCAAAGCAUGCCCUGGUGGGCUCUACUCAAAUCAGCACUGCGGCGAAGGAUAUCACAUGGAGAGUGUGGGCUGCUCUCAGUGUGACAUAGGCUUCGGCCGAAGCAAUCAAGAUCCCUUCGUGUGUGGCCGCUGCGCAGCUGCCUGGCAGAUGUGGAUGGUGCACCUGGGCAAGCCGGUCGGGAUCUACAUUCUCAGCGUGCGGUCUGCCCGGCCUAAUAGGGAUCUUCAAGGUGUGCUCUUCAACAUGUUGCUCUCCUUCGGCACCGUGGCAGCGUCGCUGUGGCCAGCCAUCAAGGACUCGGAGGCCUACAGCCGUACGUUCCCCGCGAUCCGAGUCCUUGUGAGCGCAGGUGAUGCAUCGAUGUCUGCAACUACCCCGUGGCAUGGUCCCAGCAUGGACUGCUUGCUCAAAGCGUCGGAGGCCUCCAUGUUGCAGUGGCUGUUGCUGACGGGCGUCGUGCCAAUGAUUUUGCUCUUUGCGUCGCUGACCUUCGUUUUCUUCAGAUCCAUGUGGGAAGGGCGCCAGCUGAACUGGCAGCUUCUGCCAGACUUCAUCAAGCCCUGCCUUGUGCUGACGAAUUGCUUUCUGCCAGACCUGUCAGGAGCCUUGGUGCGUUUUGUACUUCACAUGCGUUUGCACAUUACUUCUGGCAGCAGCCAUUGGGCCUGUGACUUGGAUUGGCUUGAUACGCAACGAGUCCUGGAUGUGGCCACAGAAGACCCGCCAGCAGCUGCUGGGCUUCCUCACCUCCGGAUACAGAGGUGA